AUGAUGACGGUGCCAGUGCCGUCUUCUACGGUGGCCGCCGCAGCGACAGCAGCCAGAAUCGCUCAUUCCAGCAUCACUUCUAUAGUGACGUCUGUUCCUACUGCUGUGCCCAAUGCGAUGGAGAGCCAGGAUCCCAACCAAAACGGCGAGUGCGAACUGCUUGGGCCGUUCUCCCUCGUCGUUCAAGCGGCUCUGGGAGCAUUAGCCUUGCUAUCCCUCGUCUACAAGCGAUGGAAGGAGAGGCCGCAACGGCCAGUCAAGGUCUGGGCGUUCGACGUCUCCAAGCAGGUCUUUGGCUCGGCGAUGCUGCAUCUGGCCAACCUGCUCAUGUCCAUGUUCUCUGCCGGCCAUUUCGAGAUCACCCGGACAUCAUACCAACCGAACCCAUGCUCGUUCUACUUGUUGAAUCUGGGAAUCGAUACCACGCUUGGAAUCCCCAUUCUCGUCUUCAUUCUCCGUAUCGUCAACCACCUUGCGCAGUACACUCCUCUCGCUAAUCCUCCUGAAUCUAUCGAGUCGGGCAACUAUGGACACCCUCCCAAAACCACGUGGUGGUUUAAGCAGUCGCUACUUUAUUUUAUCGGCCUGUUGUGGAUGAAGAUCUGCGUUUUCUUCAUCAUCCAGAUGUUUCCGGUCAUUGUGAAGAUUGGCGACUGGGCCCUGCGGUGGACGGAAGGGAAUACUGCCACCCAAAUCAUCUUCGUGAUGCUCCUGUUUCCCGUCAUCAUGAACGCGAUUCAGUAUUACAUCAUCGACACAUUCAUCAAGAAACAGGUUCCGGUGGACCGCGAACCGCUGCUGGAUGAAGACGCCCUUGCGGACGCGAUGUUGGACGAUGACCGACAUCGUCGCAGCGCUCUGUUGGCUGCUAUUAGUGACGACGAAGAUAGCGAGUCAGAUGAUGAAGCGAUGGGCAAGCCAGUUCAUUUCUCUUCGCAGAUGAACGUCGCUGCUCAUAGCCAGGAUUCCAUUGACUACGACCCGACGACUGAUGGGGAGGAUGCCGACCGGGCAUCCUCGUCGAACAAUUACAGACUCGAUCAUGCACACCAUGAACGGAAUGGCCGGUGA